GCAGUUACACAUUAAAGCGGAAACUCAACAGGUUUCCCAACUGACCCAGGCUCCUAAGAGGCACUUAACAUGCCACACACAGUUCUAGAGGUCGCGGGCUAUCUUGUCGGCCCCGUGUACCACCUGUGGUGUGCAUGUCUUACCAAACUGUGCCGAGCGCCAUCGUCGCUGCUGUACUCCAAACUUACAUUAAACCGACUUUCCUUGUCUAUAUGCGACGAAUUGGUCACGUUUUACCUGGCUUGAUUAGAGGGGGAUCCUUUAAACUCCAGGCUUGGACUUUCUGCGGUGAAGCGGCCGCUCCUUCCCCGGUGCCUCGGUCCGUCCCUGGGCGGCGCCGGUACCGAGAGAAACCCAUGUCAAUCGUCCACGGUGAUGUGAACCCCUACCAUUUAACAACAAUGCAGGAACAUUCAUAUCUCAAUGCUUACCCUUUUGUCUCUUUUCAUACGCCAGCUGCACCGGAUGUCCAUCUAUUGUAACACCCCAGCGCUGCACUUCAACUCCCUGAUCCGAUCCGUCCGUCGCCCGUAUGCGCUAGUUCCCGUCAGAUCCUCUCAUGCAGGAAAGAUAAACCAAGAGUUCCAACGGAUUUCGCCUCCAGAGCCGUUCCGACAACUGCUUGAACACCAGAACCAUGGAGUCGAAUCAGGCUCCUUGGGAGCCGUCCACAGGAUUCUGCCACAUGCAGAAACGCCGCAGCGUCUUUUGUGGGGCCAAUCGCUCAACCGACGCGGUCGUCGAGGAAGAGCUCCAGGAGCUCACUCGUUUCUUCCGUCAGAAGCUCGCAAUCGACUGCCCUGCUUCAUGCCCUUCAAGUUCGCUGUCUACAGACGCUUCAGCAUCAGACCUCCCGGCAGCGUUAGCAUCUCCCGAAGACUGGGGCCGCCUGCUCCACUUCAUGCAAUCUCUACUGAGUCGUUCUUUGAAUUCUCCCAGUCCACUGUUUCUGCCUGUCCCCAUUCGAAAUCAGAACUCUGACCAGUGUAGCGCUACCUGUGACGAGAUACCGUCAUCGCUUCAUGUGAUCGACGCCCACGAAUCUUCUGGGGGUGCAACCCCACAUCAGUGGCCUUGCAUUGAGAGGGAAAACGAAGAGCUCCUUCUUCAGUGCACAAGGUCCAUUCGUGUCGUCCUCUCUGCGGCAGGGAAAAUACCUGUUCAACUGUGUGUUCAGCAAGGCGCCUUGCCUUUGCUCGUGCAGGCUCUCUGCUGCCGCAACAGAGAAAUAGUGUUUGAGGCAGCCUGGUGCGUGACUAACAUCGCGAGCGGGUCCUCGGAAGACGUCGCUGCCCUUGUGGCGAAUGGCUGCCUUGUUCUCCUCUUCGCCCUCGUCUUUUCCUUCCAUCCUUUUCAUUUGUCUUCUGGUGGUUCACAUCCUUCGGGAGUGUCGAGGCCUAGCGCUCCGGAGCGCCAAGAGGAAGAAGUGCUGGAGCAGAUUCUGUGGGCGCUCGGGAACAUUGCCGGAGACAGCCCGCACUUUCGAGAUCUCCUUCUGUGCCCAGAGGCCUUGCUCCAACAUGCUCAGCAACUCCAGUGUUACCCGUCGCUGCAGCAACACUCCCAGCUGCUUCGCCUUCUCCAGCACUACACAGAAAGUCUCAUGCAUCUGCAGGAACUCCGCCGCACACAAUUCAGCUGCGGAAGAGAGGAGGAGAGACCUCAGUUCCCUGCUCUCCAGGGGCAACUUCUUGCCCUCAUUUCCCAGUGCCGAAACGUUCAGACCUGGCGCACGUGCGUCUGGCUUCUCUCCAAUCUCUGCAGAGGACAACCCAGGCCUCAGUUCCAAUACGUCCUGCCAGUCAUGCCCCUGCUGCAGCACGUGCUACUGAACUUCCAGGACGAUGAGGCGCUUUCAGAUGCCCUUUGGGCACUAGAUGGUGUCGCUGGACACCCCCGGGGCGCCACGCUGUUUGCGGAGCGACGCGAACUUCUAACAGCUGUGAUUCACGUUCUGGCUCACUGCAGCAGCGUGUGUUGUUGCGGCUGUCCGAAACUCGCGACCUCUGUUUCGGCUGACGAUACCAAGUCUUUCGCGGGCCUUCGCGGCUCGGCACCUGAGCGAGAGGGGCCGCACGCAAGGAAUUUGUGUUGUCGGGUUUGCUCAGGUGUCUCUGAAAAGGUUUCACCGGAAGCGGAUGCAGAACAACUUCAGAUGUGCGUGCGACCGGCACUACGCAUUGUUGGUCAAGUGGCAACGGGCAGCGUUCGCCAGACGCAGGUUCUUUUGGACUGCUGUGUCACUGAUCAAAAGGGUCUGUACGGAAACUCGGACGCUUCCCACGCUUCCUCAGCUCCCAACACAGGCGUGAGUGGCCAGCCUUCCAUCUUGCUGUUGCACAUUUUGCGGAUUUUGCUCCACCACGAGCGGAAAACAGUUAGAAAGGACUGUGGCUGGUGCAUCAGCAACAUCGCCGUUGGGUCGCUUCACCAGCUGCAGCAACUUUUAGGCCUGGGCGUUCUGGAGGCAGUGCUGAUGCAGCUCUCCCCUCGCGGAGAGGAAGAAGAGGAAGUCCGCCGCGAACUUCUCUGGGUGGUCGUAAACGCAUGCACCACAGCCGACCGAGCGGUCUUGAGUCGUCUCCUCGAGCUCGGUGCCAUUCGCCCCGUAUGUGAAAUGCUGCGCGUCGCGGCUCGCACUGCUGAUCCGAAGGCCGCGGCCGCUGCAGCUGAUGCCGUCAUGUCCAUUCUUGAGAAGUCUGCGCCUGUGGCGGAGCCGCGCACGCUCGACAGAGAUUGCUCAGAGCGCUCUGAGGCUGGCUGGCUGGCAAAAGGCGCCGGCUUCCAGAAGUUCACGGGAAACCUCGUUUGCUGGGAUGGAAAGGGCGGGAAAACUUUAGAUUCUACCGGCCUCACCACCGCCAGCUGCGGCUGCUGCAGUGGAGAGAACAGCGGCAUUAGACACGUGUGUGUGUGCACGUGCCACCACCUUUUGCUCCUGUCUAGUGCACUGCUUCUCGAAGAGGACUGUCCUCUGCUGCUGCAGCUGCUGGUCCAGCAACUCCAGCAGCAGCCGGCGGAUUUGUGUCCAGACUUGGUUGCUCGCAUCGGGCGAACUGGCGAGGCGCUUGUUGAGGUCGCCUCCGUCGUCUCUCGACACCAGGUAAUUGUUCGGCAGUUGAUCCAACACUACCAGCAGAGCCAUGAACAGGCUGCUAUGAACUACUUGGUUAGGAAAAGCCUGGCGAAGGAAAGUCGCUGCGGAUCUCGUCUGAUCCCGCGAGAAAACGGACUUGACGGGGACCUGCCAUGGCAAGGGGGCGCCGCAUUUCCGCCUCAGUCUUUGCCUGCCACUCUUGAGUGCUCGAUGGAAAGUCACCAUUCCGUGCAGGUGUCGACUGAAGAAAAACGGCUUUUCAGACGGUAGCCACCAGCAGUUUCUUUCUCCAUGUGAAUCUGCCUCAACCCCCUUAGAAUUUGUGUAUCAUCUUGGCAAGUGGAGAGUGUUUUCCGCUGACCCGAGGGAAGUGUCAAACCCAGGUGCUUUCUUGUCUUUCCGCUCUUCGAUAUCUUGGGACAAAACGUUCAGCGGAGCAACACAGUGAACGGCACCUCGACUGACAAGCCACGUGGACACGAUAACAGGCGGAAAACGGCUGCGUUGCAUUUUAGCCAAAGAUCGGGAACCACUUCAGGAGUCAACGUCUAUAUAUGGAUUCAGAAAAGACGUUUUAUACCAAAACAAAAUGGUCGUAUAAGUGUUUAUAUGCAGCUUUUAUAGCUGCGGUCUGUCCGUGCACCACGAGGGAACAGGAGGAACAGGAGCGCAAGGAGCCGAUCUCAGUAUGUUCCUGCCUCCACUCUGGAGUGCGUCCUUGCUUCAUUUCUGUGAAAUGGUAACAAAGAAGUCAGAGUGCCCUUGUAAAUGAGAGAAAUCUCACUUUUUUGCCACUACUGGGACGCAAUUCCCCCUGAGACGGCACAUCCACCUGACGUGUGCGGGCGACAUCAGGCUGUGCUCUAUGGAUAUGAGAUAACAUGCGGGAGCG